UGGCUGCAGCGCUGAGUUUUGAGUGAUUCUAUUCUGAAAGUUACCAGCUUUUUUGAGAAACCUUGUCCUGAUGGUGUUUCCCGGAAAUUUUGAGAGGUGAGGAAAGGAGGAAGGUCGAUUGUUCUUCUCCACCAGAAAUACAUGCAGGAUCCAAACCUAUGGAGUUGGACUUGUGUGGGAGGAGGGAUCUGCUUAGCCUGGGAGAGCUGUUCACAUCCUUCAUUAAGUGUAUUUACAGAGGCCAAAGGCUCCAUCACGGCUCUCAAACAUCUGGAAGAUGGCAGUCGUGGUCUGCAGGCAGCAUCUGCAGGGCGAGAUGGCACGGUGGGCACUGGCACUGGCACUCUGCCUGUCCCUGUCUGCAGUGGCUUCUGCUGACUGCGUCACCCAGUGCUCCCUCUGUGCAGCCCAGACCCGCGGUGCCGAGAGCAGCGUCCAGCCCCUGAUGUGCCUGUGGGAGUGCCAGGGCUCCUUGUCACCCGGGCCCGAGUGGGAGAUGUGCAGGAAGGCGCUGGCGCUGCUGGCCCCGCUGGUGGCCCUGGCCGAAGGGACAGACCCGUCCCCGCGGGAGGUGGAGGAGGAUGAGGACGUGGCGGAGCAGGGUCUGCGCCCCGCAGAGCUGCCGCUGGCGCCGGCCAAGCGCUACGGGGGCUUCAUGAAGAUGAUGUCCAAGGCCAAGCUGCUGUCCCUGCUCCGCGAGAACGCUCACAGCAAGGGCGGCCUCAGCAAGAAGUUCGGGGGCUUCAGCCGCAAGCCGGGGGAGCGAGCGGCCCCUGAGGACUACCCGGGGCCGGCAGGGGACGGGGACGAGGACGAGGAGCCCGCGGGGGCCGGGGCCGAGGGGCAGGAGCUGCACAAGCGCUACGGGGGCUUCAUGCGGCGCAUCCGCCCCAAGCUCAAGUGGGACAAUCAGAAGCGCUACGGGGGCUUCCUGCGGAGGCAGUUCAAAGUGAUCACACGCUCGGACGAGGACCCCAGCGCCUACUCAGGGGAGGUGUCAGACCUAUAGAGCCAGGCGUGGGACGGCAGCAGCACGGGCCCCACAUUGCCACCCCCACUGUGCCAUCGCCCCCAGCCCUGUCCCUGCCCAGCCCGGAGUGGCUGGUGUCACCCUUGCCUCAUUCCCCCCGGGGACCGUGAGUUCCAUCCCCAGUUGUCCCUCCCUGGUUCACCUGCCCAUCCUGUGCACGGAGGGGACAGUGCCACUCCUCCGGCUGCUGGCGGUGUGGCUGUGGCCCAGCCCAGGGUUCCCGGGGGCGCAUUGCUGGGGACACAUAUGCUCCAUCCUCCCGUGGCUGCCAGAGCACAGCAGGGCCUGGAAACCAUCACAGCUGAGGUAUAGGGCAGUGGGCUUUGAGCACUGGGAAGGAUGAGCCAGGGCAGGAUCAGGGAGGUGGCUGCCGUGGCCAUGGGCAGAGGUGGCUGGUGGAACCACAGCACCAUCACCAGGUGCUCAAGCGGUGCUGAGCCCAGCCCCUCUCCCCUCCCCAGCCUCUCACAGUGUCCCACUUAUCCCAGCACCCACCUGGUGCCCCUGGGCUGCCCCUCCAAGAACGACUCUAGAGGCAGGUCAGCCCCACGCCCCAACACCCAACUCCCCACCGCAGUCAAUAAAAGGCAGAUGCCAACGAAGCUGAAGCCAUGCUGGGUGCGGAGCCUCCUCUACAGGGCAGAGCAAGCUCCCCAAAUUGGGGUGCCCAAACAGGCCAGGGAACCUGCUGUGUGACCUGCAGGCAGCACAUGAUGGUAUCCUUCCUGUGCCAUGGAUGCCAAAAGGAAUGUGGGACCUCAUACACCUCUGGAGCCAUAUCCUGAGGGUGACAGGGCCAUCUCAGCUGAGCAAGUGCAGGGCAGGGAUGCUCAGCCUGCUGCAGGGGUU